CCUUCAAGAAAACAAAAUGGCGGAAGGUAGGUGAAAGAAACUUGCACUUUCUUCUUAAAUGAACCGUUCCUGUUUGAAAUCCAGCUUCGCAUUUUACCAAAUAUAUGUAUGGAUGUUGGUUAUGGGAGUGUUCUAAUUUCUUAAAUUGGUUAAGAACACGAACUCCUUGCUACACUUAUGCACGUGCUUGUCGCUGUAGCAAACUAGUUACAGUAGCUUUCAGAUAAGUUUGCAGUUUUGUCUCCACUGUAAUCUUUUAGUUGCGGAUAAAACAAAGAAUGAGGAUGCAAGUGUAGGGGUAAAAGCGGAAUCCAAAGCAGAACCUCGUCGCAAACUUUGUGCUUACUCACAACGAGUUUGCAACUUGGAAAUACUGAAAGGUUUUGACUUCUGCCACAAGCAUAUUUUGGAAGAUAAAGCAAGUCCUUUUAAACCAUGUGAUUUCGUAGCAAAGUCAAAUGGUAGAAGAUGUCCUAACCCGGCACAGAAGUUGCCGCACGGAAAAAGGUAUCUAGAUACGUACAUUAAUUUACAUUUUAAAAGAAAUACAGAAUGUUAUCGAAGGCCUUGACUAGGUAAAUAAAUACUUCAUGAGCACACGUCUAUGCUAAUAUCAGAAAUACUGAAUCGCUUUAUGAUAUUUUAAUUGAUUGGCUUUAGCCAACUUAAUUUUUACUUUGUCGAAAGACACAGAAAAUACUUAAUUUUUAUCAUGAAAUUGCAGCUUUUGCAUUAUUCACACACGCAAGGCAGAGCUACGUAGAGCGGUGGAAGAGAGGAGAAAGAGGAGGAACAUAGGUGAUAAUGAAGGAAGUUAUGAGGAUGAUAAAGGGAAAAGAAGGAGAACUUCAAGCUCAAAUUCACAAAAGAGUGAUAAACAAGAGGGCCAUUCUUCAGGUAAGGAAAAAAAAAUGAUGGAGUAAGGGAAACUUUAAAUUAGAUUAAUCUGUGGCUAAGGUUAUCAUGAAGAACAGCUCUUCUCCAUUGACUGCCAUUGAACUGAGAAAAUUUUUCAUUAAAUGCCCUCAGGGGUUUCAAAAUGUGUUAAAGUAGACAUCAGACUCUGCAAAAGUAGGUGACUGUGAAAGGUUCAUUAACCCUUUAACUUCUGGAAGUGAUAAACAUGUAACUUCUCCCUAUAAUAUCCAUACAUUAUCCAACAAGCAGGUAAUGAGAAUGCUCAAAGUUAUAAGGUAGAAGUUGUAUCUCGAUCUUACUCCAAAUUCUUGUAACUAAUCUACAAGGAAACAUGUAGCAGCCAGAAGGGGGAAUUAACAAUCAGACCUUGGGAGUGAAAGGGUUAAGGGCCAACAGGUAAUUAUUUUGACUAGGGUAAUUGGUGACAUGUUAUCAAGUUGCCGACAGAACUCUGGCAGUUGCCAGCUUGUUUGGAUCCCAUGGCUGCCACCAUGGUUCAAAGUGGAUUAUUGUCAAAGCAAGAACACAUGGUACAUGAACAUGCUUUAUUCUGAGACAAGACCAAAAGUACAUCAUGGGUAAUGUGUCAAUGAGAUCUUGUAGUUACCUCAACAGAUAACCUAUGAUUUGGGAACAGAUGACCUCCUUUUUUAACCUUGUCACUCUCAAUAUCUGAAUACAAUUUCUCCUGACUGUCUCUAAUACAUUUCUUAUAAACUAAGUGCAGAGAAUUUAAGGUUAAAUCAAAGAAUAUCCUAUGCUAUCUUACAUGUAGUUAGUGCUCUUCAUACUUCUCCCCCUCUGCUUUACAAUGUACUAAUAAUACACGAAGUUACUUACUGGUUAUUUCCAGGAGUGUGAGGGUUUUUAAAAACAUUACUUAUGCUACAGCCAAUCUAUCAAUGUUUGAUAUCAUUCAUGGAGUCUGUUCAUUAUGUCUUGAAGAUGAAGAUGGUGGUAAUAGUGGAGAUGAUUAUCUUAAGGUGGACAGUGCAUGGCAUGGUGAUAUUGAUAGCGAUGCUGAAUCUGUUGAUAGUGAAGAGGAAGACCCACUGAAGUGAGUAUACGUUUCAAAGGAGCCAAUGUCACCAAGUUUUAAUUUGGUUUAUUUCAACUGAGUUGAUAACAUAAACUGGCCACCAUAAAAGAGUUUCUAAUCUGACUUUUUGAGCUUUUGUCUUUUGUUCUAAAGCAACAGCUGAGUUGAACCUCUUUAUGGUGGCAAAUUUACAUUAUCAACCCAGGGUCCAGUUGUUCAGAGGUUGAUUACUGCAAACCCAGGAUCAAAUCUAAAUCCGAGUUUCUUUAUUUCUUUGAUAAAAUGCGUUUUUUAGACAAUUUUCUCUUUUCUUGUUAGAGCAUGCAGUGAUCAAAUUUUGGAAAAAGAGAAUUAGACUGGAUUUUCUUUUAAAGCUUUCAGAUCUGAAACCAGAUUUCACACUAACCCUGGAUUAUCUUAACCCAGCUUUGAACAACCAGGCCCAUUCGAUAAAACCAAGUUGUCUUGUAAUACUCCCUGUGAUGCAACAUCACAGUUUCUCAAGAAACUCACCCCCUUUACUCACCAAACUUUAGGCUGAUACAAAAUUAACAAGAAUAAUGAUGGUGAUGCUAAUGAUGAUACUUAUGGGUUUUCCUAGUCAAACCUAUGAGUAAUGUUGACAGAUAACAGACUACUUAAUGUGCUUUAAAUUAAAGAAACACAUGUUAUGGCAUCAUGGUUUGGAGUAUAAGGAUGAAGCCUCUAUGGUUAUUUUAGGCAUGCCGGGGUUUGGUCAGUGGAAGAAGCUACCAGGAUGUGUCGUGAUAAGAUGAUCAGACUGCGCUCACUGUACAUUACACAGUUCAAGAGGUUACAACACGUGCUGAGGGAGAGAAGGAGAAAAUAUUGUCAAGCUAUUCAAGCAGAGGAAAUUGAUGAAACAGGUUAUCAAACAACGGUCCACUCUGUUUUUUUAAGGUCAUCAAAAUGCCAUACAUCCCUGUUAAAUUUCAAAGUGACCAGUAUUCUUUCUGGGGUAUUGUUUGUUGAAUAGCAUCCUUGUUUUGUUUUGUUUUUCUUACUUUUCAGUUUCCUUUUUUGUUGGAUUUCUCCCUUGACUUUGAGUUAUUCAAUCACUUUCAAUGUGAUCAGUCAUGUUGACUAGACAAAACCCUCUUAUUUUCACCUCUGAAGCUCUUGAGUGUUGAACAAAGUCUUCUUGUUAGUGCCAUAGGAACUGGUUAUAGAACAGCAAGGAGAGUAUUUGUGCUGAUGCCAGGUUGUAAUGGGUUUAAAUGACAACUUUGUUUUCUGUGAUGCUAGGAGAGUGCAAUUUGACCCGCACACAACUGCUUGGUCGGAAAUCUCGUCAUGAUUGUCCUGGAACUGAAGCCCUCUUGCAUCGGCAAGCAAAAGAGAAAAAACAAGGGGCAAACACUCGGCAACAAGGAGUGUCCAAUCUACGCUGCACAUAUUCUCCAGGAGGAAAUAGAUGCACUGAAAAAGUUUUGCCUCUUACAAAACACUGUAUGAAACGUAUCCUUUAAUAUCUAGACUGUAACAGUAUGGCUUGUACCAGGGUCUUGUUUUGUACCAGGGUCUUGCAUGAAAUGUGAUAUGAAUGAUGAAAGGCCAGAAUUUGCAAUAUUGAGGUUUGUGUUUGUGUAUAAAGUUUGAAAUUCCUCAAAGUCCUCUACAUCAUCUUCAUUGUGGCACAAUACGUGCAAGUUAAUAUCUAAAGCAGCAUGCAGAACUGCCUCCUUGCUGCUUUGUUUUGAAUCCUUAACACACUUUCAUUACAGACAUUACUCAUGACCCUAACCAGCACCUUUUUCAAAGGUGCACAUUUCCAUCCAAAGGUGAAACACAUUGUGAUAGGAAUGUUGCAAAGAUCUUCACUCAUUCAACAUGCAGACUGCACAUGGAGCUACCUGCAAAUAUGAAGAGGCCAAGUGUGGAAAAGGACCUACAGAAUGCCAAGGAAAGAGCCAAGUGAGACAACAUAGCAUGUUAACUUUAUAAAUUUAACAAAAAAAUUACCUUCUUGGCAAAUUUCAACAAAACCAAACCACUGGUACAUUUGAAUCUUCUUGUUGGCUAGUGUAGGUAUUAACUUUGUCAGAGGUGCUGGCACAUAAAUUUGUUUUGUCAAUCAGUUCUUGUGGAAAAUGCAAAAUAAAAGCUUAAUUUUUUUCUAUUUUUUUAAAUUUAAGUUUAAGGAAAGCCAGAACAUCUGGUAGCAAACAAAGUGUAACAGGAGUACCAGAGGCUUUACAGCAGAAAUCCAUUGUGUUUUUGCCUCCAAUUACCACUGGUGAGUCAUUUCAGGCACAACCCACCACCACUGGAGUGCAGCAGCAUGCUAUGACAGCCCCCUUGUCCACUAAGGGUACUACAUUAGACACCACAGAGAAAAUGGAAGUAGAUUCAAGUGACACAAAGGCUGACCCUGACAAUAAGGAGUUGUCAACAAUCUCUGUAGAUAAAGAAACAUCCUCAGUUAGCUCAGCAGGGGCUUCAGUGCAACCCAAGCUUAGCCCUGUGUCGGAGAGUAUAUCUCCUGGUCUUGCAGCUGCUAGCCUUGUGGCUGUUUGUAGCAGCCCACAGCUACCUCUGCAGGGAACACCUGUAGCAAGUGUCAGUGGUGUAAAACAGGCUGCAGUCACAGAUUCCAAGGUAGUGCCAUGCAGUGAUGUUAAAGACAAAAGUGUCAGUAGUGCCUCUGCUGAUGAUAGCAAGGUUGAUGCUGAUCCUAAAGUAUUAGAGGUAAAAGAAAGAGAGGAAUCAGGCGAUACUGAAAAGGCAGAGAAACAAGAGAGUAGCCUUGUGAAAUCAAAAGACACGUCUGAUCCUGAUAAAUCGGCAUCCGUCCAGCCAGGACAUUCAGAAUCUGCUGAAAAGCAACCUGACGAAUCCAAACUCAAAUUAAAUGUGGCUCAAACCAAAGAGGAAGCCAAAGUAACAACUUCUACAGUUUGUACUUCGCCAGCUGUCUCUCAAACUGUGCUCCAGCUGACCACCCUAGUUUCUCCUUCACAAAGUGCACCCAGCACUUCCUCCAGCAGCACGUCACAAAAUGUGACAAAAACCAAGUCCGCGGAGCCCUCUGAGGCCAUCCCCUCCCGGGGUACCUCAAAGAGUGCCUCUGGGGGUUCCUCACCUGGUGUUCCUCUUGAGCCCCCUAAAGGCACGUCCUCGUGUACUUCCACUGCCGUCUCUGCUGUUGCAAAACAAGCACCAUCAGUAACAUCUGCAAGUUCAAUUCAUCUACCCCAAUCGAAUCCAAGUUCCUUGGCGGGACAGCCAUUGAAAACAGUCGGUGUCAAACCCUUGAUUACAAGUGAGCCACACCGCUCAGCUGCUGUGAAAUCCUUCCAACACUUGCCGGCGGGAAUGACUGCCGCAAGCUCCAAGCAGUUUAGUGCAAUCACUUCUGUUACCACUAAGGAGACGAACAAAGAUGCUAAUAAAGUAGACACGGGCAAGUCCCAAGAACAGAGUGGUUCAUCUAAACCAUUACCGAUGUAACAAUGAUAGAUUAUCUUUGGUUUGUUAUAAAUGUCAAGUUUACGUUGUGGAUUAAAACUAAUGGUCUAUGACAAAGUUUCAGAGCGCUUUGUAAGCAGUGUUAUGUUCUUUUGGUUAAAUUUGAGUUUCAUGUACACGGAAAACUUACCUUGGUGUAAAAUUUUAAGCAAAGGUCAAAUGUUGCGAUUGAGAUCUCAUUACGUUAGUCAAUAAAAUUGUGUUCUUUGAGGGUC